UGCGACACGUCGGGUUUACCUGUUGCUUAGCAACUCAGAUUGCAUCCGCGUGAAAAUUCCUGCCUCUGGUAUAUUGCUGCAUGCCAAUAUCUAAAAUUCACAAUGCUGGACGCUGCUUUAAGUUCAUACGGAGUGCAGGUUGUGCUAGCUACAUCAAGCGAUGAGAAUCACCCACCGGAGAACAUUAUCGACGGAAAAACGGAGACGUUCUGGAUUUCAACUGGCAUGUUUCCACAAGAGUUUAUUAUCCGCUUCCCAGAUAACAUGAACAUUUUCACUGUUUCCAUCAGUUACAACAUUAAAAGGCUGAGAAUAGAAAAGGGUACAUCAGACGAUGCUGAUAAAUUUGAAGCGGUUGCAGACACAGAGUUUGAGCACACGGAGAGCAGCCUACAGGCCAGUGAUGUUUCUGUAAAUGUAUCAAAUACAACACAUUUGCGGUUUCUCAUACUAUCUGGAUAUGACCCUUUUGUCUCUGUACACAAAGUUAGUGUACAAUCAUGAGAAAAUCUCCAUCUGCCAUGUCCUUCUGUAAACUCACACAAAGUAACCAAAGUGGAUCACUGAAUAUUUUCCUUAACAAAUAAACAUUCCCCUAA